AUGUUGACUGCACCAAAAAACAAGGAUUCUGCUCGGCCUCUUUUUGAUGCCAAAGAUAUUGUUCCCUUUUACUUUGAUGAGUGUCCUAAGAUAUUUCCCGUCGGAGGUUGGUAUUCUUGGCUAUCGCGUGUUCGCAGAAUUCUGCGUUAUCCCAAAUACGACGGGAAGUAUCUGCGAACUCGACUAGCAGAGGAAGAACUUCUUGGAGAUAAAAGACUUGACGAGACACUCACAAACAUUGUUAUACCUGCCUUCGACAUUAAGAAACUUGAACCAGUUAUCUUCUCCUCUUACGAGGUGAAGGGUCAAAGUAGCUUGAACGUCAAGUUAUCAGACAUUUGUCUUGCCACAUCAGCCGCUCCUACUGUUUUACCUCCUCAUCAAUUUUCCAGUGUAGAUAACGAGACAGAGUUUAACCUCAUCGACGGUGGUGUUGCUGCUAAUAACCCUGUAAAACACCUUUCCUAG